UUUCCAUACAAUCAUGAGUGUUCUGCCUCUAGUCCCUCAACAUCCGCCAUGCCUUUGCUAAUCUAUAUUUCGCGCUACAUUGAUUCGAAUUAUGUUCAGAUCACUCCGAAGGAGGCAGUUCAGCCUCAUUCCCGACAUUGCAGUUUCAUAGAGGGUCCUCGGCGCGCAGUUAACGAGAAAAAAAAAUACUACCGAGUUACCGAUGCUGACAGACAGCAUAACACGAGUCCUCGUUUACAUCUACGGCGCCACUGUUGUUCGAGAGCCGAGACGACGUCUUCAGCUCACACCUUUUUACCUUUUUCGCACAUCAGAUAUCUCUGGGCAAACAAUGUCCUCUCGCGAUAGGUGGAUAGCAUAGGUCCAAGCCUGGGCGCGGUGAGCAUAUAUGCUGACAGCGUUGAAGGUGGUUUGGACCCUGCAGAGUAAAGGGUGUUAUGAGACUGAUGUAUUCAGCUUCACACAAAUAAACUAGCCGAGAAAUAAUUAAAAGGGAAUAUAUCUUGAGGUGCUGCUGUCUGUGCAGUGAGCUACAACGCUACAACACUCCAACACGUUUCUGUACAACCUCCAUUUACGUCUGAAAACGUGAUCGGUAGCUCAUUAUCAUGUCUCAUGCACACGCAGUGAAAGGAAUUAUCUUUGACCUCGGCGAUGUCUUCUUGAAGUGGUCUCCUAACACAAAGACUAGCAUAUCGCCGGAAGUCUUGAAGAAGAUACUGGACUCACCUAUUUGGCAUCAGUAUGAGCGCGGGGAUAUCUCUCGGACAAGUUGCUACAGAAAGGUAUCCCACGAAUUCGGUUUGGAAGCCUCGCAGGUAGCAGAAGCCUUUUCCCAAGCCCGCGCUUCGGUACAGCCCGAUCAGGAAGUUGUUUCCUUUCUGGAGGACCUCAAGAUUAGCUCAUAUAUUCGGCUGUUCGCCAUGUCGAAUGUUGGCAAGGAGGACUUUGCAGAUGUAGAGAAGAAGACGGAUCUAUCGCUUUUCGAUCUCGUAUUUACCUCUGCAGCUGCCAGAGCACGGAAACCCGAUCUCAAGUUCUACCAUCAGGUUCUGGAGAAGAUUGGCCUGGCCCCUGAACAUGUUCUCUUCAUCGACGACAGAGAAGAGAAUGUAUCCGCAGCCAGGAAGGUCGGGCUCAAUGGUUUUGUGUUCGACGGUAAUACCGUUCAGCGUUUGCAAGAGAUCCUCGAUGAUCCGGUGACUCGCGGGUUUGACUAUCUUUCUCGAAACAGAGGUCGAUUCCGUUCGAUCACCGAUAGUGGUAUCUCCAUUGAUGACAAUUUUGCGAAGCUUCUGAUACUGGAGGCCACAGAAGACCGGAGCCUAGUAGACAUCAAUCCGAGUAAGGACGGCUAUUGGAACUUUUUCGCAGAAGCCACGCUUGUUCCUGAAGGGGUUUUCCCAGAUGACCUCGAUACCACUUGCUUGGGCCUCAUGGUCGAACCACCCGCAGACUCCCAAAUCAUAAACAACAUUUUAGAUCGAAUGCUGGAGUGUGUGACGGCCGAUGGAUCGAUCUUGACAUACUUUGAUCGCGAGAGGCCUCGGACCGACAUUGUCGUGAGUGCAAACGUGCUGGCAUGCUUUUAUCACUUCGGACGUGGCCACCAGCUACCACGCACCCUGGAAUAUAUCCACAACGCUCUAUUACAUCGGCGAUAUGAAAAUGGAACUCGCUAUUAUCCGUCGCCCGACUGUUGUCUAGGGUUCUUUGCGCGUCUGUUACAAUAUUCGAAGAACGAUGCUCAUCUUCAAGCGAAGAUAGGUGGUCUUCUCAAGCCCAGAGUGCAGGAACGUAUCGGAAAGGAUGGCAGUGCUUUGGACUUGGCAAUGCGAAUGAUAGCUUGCACUUCUUUCAGUGUAGAUUGCAACAAAGAGCGGGAGAGAUUGCUAGCACUACAAUGCGAAGAUGGAAGCUGGGAGCCUGGGUGGAUGUAUAGGUACGGUUCCACUGGGGUCAAGAUCGGCAAUCGUGGGGUGACAACAGCCUUGGCCUUGAAGGCUCUGUCAACAAAGACUUUGAUAAGAUAACUGGAGUUCAUUGGCCAUUCUUGAAUAACACGUCGACUUGAAGUGUUCUGUCAUUGGAUCGGCUCAGGGCUACCUCGUAUUUGUGGCACACUCUCUGUGCUAUUCUAGCCUAAUCUAUCCGUGAAAUGGAAGCGUUCGGUAUCCAACAGUCAACUGACAUCAGAAAUUGAGAUUUAUAGAUAUCAGGACCUAACAUAACAGUCACCGUUUAUUCACUAACGAGUCUAUUUUCAAGCGUCGAGGAUGCUUUACAGCCUGGUCGACCCUCAGGCUACUCUGUACGUGUGCCCGUUUACUCGUUAUUUCAACAUUAAUGAAAAUUCAAUGUUACAACCGCAAUUCUCCGAAGUUACUUUCCACUCUACAAUGAAAACUUGACUCUGCUCUUGACUCUCAAGCGUUUUUGAAGGAUGAUUUGUUUUACCAUUUACCUCUUCGGACCACUGAUUACCGUACCGAUACUUUCUUUGGGGAAAUAUCAGUAAUUUCACCGCAUGUACGAUUGCAUGAAACCAGCUCCACAAGGAAAGGUGCAUAAUUUCC